AUGCCAAGCGGACCGAUGGAUGCUCGUUCAAUGUCACCGACCUACGCAGCAUUCGUUAUGCAGCAAGCGGCUCAAACUAUGUCACCAACCUUCGAAAUGUAUAGGAAUUUCCCUUUUGGUCCUGCUUCUCCAAGUUCCUUGUUCCAGGGUAGUGGAGUGGGUGCGGCUACCCCCAAGGGUAACCCGUUUGCGGCAGCUACAAUGAUGCGCAAUAUGCAGAAUGCGGCUGCAGCGGCCGCAACAUCUCCACAUCCACUCAAUUCAAUAAACCAAAUGCGAUUACCUCAGAUGGGUUCACCGAUCACCUCCAUGGCCAGUAACUUAGCGCAGCAACCGAGCAGUAACUCACGUGGCACUAACAACAGCACCAAGACUGCGAAGAACGAAAGCAAACCCCCCAAAGUUAAAGAACAGCACAUCAAAAAACCCUUGAAUGCAUUUAUGUGGUUCAUGAAGGAAAAUAGGCCGAAAUUGAUGGAAGAGUUGGACUAUAAAGAAAGACAAAGUGCUGAACUAAACAAGGAACUUGGGAGGAGGUGGCAUGAUUUACCAAAAGAAGAACAACAAAGGUAUUACGAGCUUGCGAAAACGGAUCGCGAACAACAUAUGCAGAAGUAUCCUGGGUGGUCGGCUCGUGAAAAUUAUGCUAUCAAUAAGAAGAAAAAACGAAAACGUGACAAAUCUGUUGAUAACGGCGAACAGAAGAAAUGCCGGGCUAGAUUUGGUGUUGUAAAUCAGGAUCAGUGGUGCAAGCACUGCAAGAGGAAAAAGAGAUGUCUUUGGUACCGAGAGGCAUCUUCACCAGUUGGUGUGGUUUCCUCCACGACACCAGGAACCCCUGGUACCCCAUCUUCAUUAUCUGGACCGGCUGCGGGUGGUACAAUGAGCGGUCGUGAUACUGAUUCAGAAAAUGAUAUGGACGCUGCUGCUGCUGCUGCCGCUGCCGCUGCUGAAAGAUCUCGGUCAAUGUUAAAUCAGGUACCGAACGAGCAGCAGACCACUCCUCUUAUUUGCCAGUAG